UUUCCUUUCCACAGCAGACAUAAUACCUCGAAAUUCGAAUUUUUCCAGUAGAAAGCUAAAAGGCCGCGGCGGGAGACAGCUUCCAGAGCAAGCUUUUCUUCUCUCCUCCACACCGUCGUCUUCUUCGAUCAUCAACCGCCGUAAAAAACUCAGAGCGAAGAAGAAAUGGAUCUGGACCCCGAAGACGUAUUCAAGGACGAUGAAGACGACGAAGACAGCGAAUUCUUCCAGCUUAGGGAUUCAACCAAAGAGUUCGUCGUGUAUCUCAUCGACGCUUCUCCGAAGAUGUUCACCGCCACUUGUCCCGGAGCAGACGGGGAGAAUGAGACUCACUUCCACAUAGCAGUCACUUCUGUGGCACAGGCGCUGAAGACGCAUAUUAUUAAUAAUACGUAUAAUGAAGUUGCUAUCUGCUUCUUUAACACGAAGGAGAAGAGGAACUCGCAGGAUCUCAGUGGUGUUUUCGUGUUUGAUGUUGCUGAGAGAGAGCAUUUGGAUAGGCCAACAGCGAGACUUAUAAAAGAGUUUGGUUGUGUCGAGGAAUCAUUUGCAAAAGAGAUUGGCAGUCAAUAUGGUAUUGUAUCUGGCUCCUGGGAGAAUUCACUCUACAAUGCUCUUUGGGUGGCACAAGCGUUACUUCGCAAAGGAUCUACUAAGACAGCUGAAAAAAGGAUACUUCUGCUUACAAAUGAAGACGAUCCAUUCAGGAAUAUCAGUGGUAUAGCUAAAGCAGAUAUGAUACGAACCACCUUGCAGCGAGCUAAAGACGCACAAGAUCUUGGCAUCUCAAUUGAACUACUUCCCUUUAGCAGACCAGAUGAGGAGUUCAAAGUUUCGAUUUUCUAUGCUGAUUUGAUUGGACUGGAAGGUGAUGAUCUUAUUGAAUACAUGCCGUCUGCAGGGCAGAAAUUGGAAGAUAUGAAAAAUCAACUAAGAAAACGGAUGUUUGCGAAGCGGAUAGUUAAACGAAUCAAGUUCGUAAUUACAAAUGGAUUGUCAAUUGACCUGCAUACGUAUGCUUUAAUACGCCCUACAGCACCAGGGGCAAUAACGUGGCUGGAUUCAGUAACCAAUCGUCCUUUGAAGGCAGAAAGGUCUUUCAUCUGUGCCGAUACUGGUGCACUGAUGCAGGGACCACUGAAGCGCUAUCAGCCGUAUAAGAAUGAGGAUGUGAAGUUUUCAGAGGAGGAGUUGAGGGAGAUCAAAAGAGUUUCAACAGGACAUCUGCGUCUUCUUGGAUUCAAGCCUCUAAGCUGCUUGAAAGACUAUCACAAUCUAAAACCUUCUACAUUUGUAUUUCCGAGUGACAAGGAAGUGAUAGGUAGCACUUGUGCUUUUGUUGCCUUGCACCGAGCAAUGAUACGAAAUCAGCGUUUUGCUUUGGCAUUUUAUGGUCUUUCAACUAAUCCUCGAUUGGUUGCCCUUGUUGCUCAAGAGGAGAUAAUUUCUGAUGGUGGUCAGUUUGAGCCACCAGGCAUGCACAUGAUAUUCCUACCAUAUUCUGAUGAUAUCAGAGACAUUGAACAGGCAAGAACAAGUCAGUUGACCACCAAGCGUCCAGCGCAUCGAGCAACUGAAGAUCAUAUUCAAAAGGCUGCCGCUUUAAUGAAACGUAUUUACUUGAAGGAUUUUUCAGUAUGCCAAUUUUCUAACCCUGCAUUGCAGAGACACUAUGCAGUGCUGCAGGCUUUGGCACUAGACGAAGACGAGAUGCCUGAGAUUCACGACGAAACACUGCCGGAUGAAGAAGGCAUGUCUAGACCGGCAGUGGCUAAGGCCAUUCAAGAAUUCAGGACGUCAGUCUAUGGAGAGGACUAUGAUGAGGCAGAUGACAAGCCACGAGAAAGCGAGGCAUCAAAGAAACGAAAAGCUGCUGCAGAAUGUGUUGCUCAGGAAUACAAAAACUACGACUGGGAGGAACUUGCUGACAGUGGAAAGCUGAAGGAUUUGACCGUGGUGGAGCUGAAGUACUACUUGGCUGCCCAGAAACUCCCACUCGCCGGGAAGAAAGAAGUGCUCAUCAGCAGGAUUCUAACCCACCUGGGGAAGUAAAUUCAACGGCCUCUGUUUCUGCUUAUAACAUAUAUCAUUAGCGUAUCCAAGUAUAUCAUACAAUCGACAAGAACACCACACAGUUCCCUGUAGCUAGUCAGUAAUGGUUAAUCUAGCUAGUAACUACUAGAGGCUAGCCAGCCGAAAUGAAAGCAGAGGACCAGCGACGACGAGGCUCUCCUCGCGGCCCUCGUACCUCGAUCCUCGAGCUUCCGUCGCAAAGACAAGACCGCCGCGAACUGAUCUAGGACGGAGACCGGGUAAGAAUUUCUGUGACGGAGAGCUAGUGAAUAGCAGUCGAAGAAGUCACAAACAGGUAAAUUAUGCUUUCAUCUCAUAUCGAACCAGACCGUCUCCAAUCCGCCGCAGUACAGGAGGUGCAGCUCCUUCAGCCUGCGGCAGGAAACCAUUCUCAGAGCAAGGGGUCUUUGAAGUGAAUACGACACCCGUCCUAGCCAGAAUUGAAACAACAACUCCGAAGAUAGUUAUUUGAAUUAACUCGUCCGGCAAAUCCUUUCGCUCCUCUUUUUGUUGUUGUGAAAUGCAACAACCAAAUAACUUGUGAGAACGUUCUAAUUGAACAAGACAAUUUCCACAUGAUAAACCUCAGAUAAUUCAAUUCAUAAUAGUAUCACAUCUUGAGAUACCAUAUUCGCAAAAUACCAAUCCUUAACUGGAGUACAGCCCAGCUCGGCCCAUCGUUCCAGUUACAAGUCUAGUUUGGACCAUAAAAACAAAAUACUAAAACACUCCUACUUUAAAGUUUAAAUUAUUCUAAAAUUC